AUGACACGUCAUUUUGGUCAUUUUGACAUUUUGAUUACCACCCCGACGGAGGAGUUCAUUCUGAUACUCUCCGAUGGCUCAGAUGGCGCUAUUCCCCUUCCAGCCAUAACUGCCAGUGUCGUCAUUGCCGCUCAACCGGCUGAAGCGCGUGAGUGCGAUGACGAUUCCAGCUCUCCUUUUGCUGCUGUCUCGAAUUGA